AUGAGUCUCCCAGUGGCUUACACGAACGAGAUACAGGAUUUGAACAGCCAAGUGCUUCGAUCCAAACCAACAGACAUCCUGCAGUUCUGCUGUGAUCAUUUUGCCAGUCGACUGGCCUCGGAACGAAAGAAGAAGCUCCGCGAAGAUACCCCCAACAAACGCCCAAAAACAGACAAAGUUCGGCCUCCCGCCAUGUCGAGCAGCUUUACCAGCCCCUUCGGGGCCCACACAAACCCCUUCGGUUCCAACGAGGCCAGCAUGAUGCAGAGGGUCAUGGAGGAGGAGGAGGAGAAUGACACGGUCACCUCACCAACGACCGGUAGCUUCAACUUCAACUCCGGCUCUGUGUUCAGCGGCCCCUUUGGUGGCGAUGGCAGCUCUGAUUCCCAAUCCGCGCUGCGAAGCCCACCCAACCCCGAGAACUUCCCGGCCCAAUACAAUUUUGGCCGACGAACCUCGGUUUCUGCCGAAUCCCUCAAGCCUGUCGCGGACAACAACGACAACUGGCAGCCACCCGUGUAUCACAAGUCCGAAGAACAGCAGACUAGGCUCACGAAUUCGAUUGCCAACAACUUUCUGUUCAGCAAAAUGGACGAUGAACAAAAGGCCCAGGUUCUUGCAGCGAUGCAAGAGAAGCCCAUCCCGGCAAAGGAUAUCAAAGUUAUCACGCAGGGUGACGCUGGUGACUACUUCUAUGUCGUCGAGAAGGGGAACUUUAACGUUUUUGUCAACUCGUCUGGAACUCAGCAACCCGGCCCCGACGGUCUUGGGCAGCAGGUCGGCAGCAUCGGGGAAGGGGGCUCCUUUGGCGAGCUUGCCCUCAUGUACAAUGCGCCCCGUGCUGCUACUAUAAUCUCAGCCGAGCCACAAAGCACGCUCUGGGCCCUAGACCGACUGACCUUCCGCCGGAUCCUCAUGGAGUCAACAUUCCAGCGACGGCGCAUGUAUGAGAGCUUCCUAGAGGAGGUGCCUCUGCUCAAGACGCUCACAUCAUACGAACGAUCCAAGAUUGCCGAUGCCCUAGAAACACAGAAGUACCCACCGGGUACCCCCAUCAUCAAGGAGGGCGACCCAGGCUACGAUUUCUACCUCCUCGAGAGCGGUGAAUGCGAUGCAUACAAGGAAGGUGUCCACAAGGAACGGAUCAACCUCAGGCACUACGAAAAGGGCGACUUCUUUGGUGAGCUGGCGUUGCUCAACGACGCGCCUCGGGCGGCCACCGUGAUCAGCGUGACGGAAGUCAAGGUUGCCAAGCUUGGCAAGAAUGCCUUCAACCGCCUGCUAGGGCCGGUUGAGAGUAUCAUGAGAAGAACAAAGUACGAAGAUGUCAAGUCCGGUGUUGAGGAUAUCUGGAAGCAUGUCCCGACCCAACUCCCGAAGAAACACGACGGAAUGCGGCCUUUCGCGCGGAACCCCGAGGAUGAGGGCCUGGACGACGGACGGACAGCUGGUGGAGGCUUGAACGACGGUACGUUCGGCUACAACGGCGUUUUUGCGGGUGACGGCAUCAUCGACUGGCAGACAAGAACACUUUACCUCUUCCUUCGCUAG